AUCUCAACUUCCAACAACAUGCCAACCAAAUCAAACAAUACUAAAAAAGUAAAUGAAUUCCUAUUCGACACACCUGGAUGGUCAGUCACUUCAUCAUCCAAUCUAACAUCAUCAAACAAACCCAAACCAUCCAAGAAAAACAAAUCAUCAACCAAAGAACUCAUUCCAUCAAACCAAUCAACUUCAAACCAAGACAUAGAGAAACCCACAAAGAAAAGAAAAUCAAAUCCAACAAGACUUACAAAAAAAGAAACAGAACCAGAAAAGAAGCAACCUAUUCAAGAAAACACUCUAUCAUCAUCUUCAAAUGCAUUAGUACAAAACUUAAUGUCAUCAACUCUAAGUGGAUCAAGAUUCCGAAUCCUAAAUGAAACACUAUAUACGACCACUGGACCAGAAGCAGCACAAUUAUUUUCAAAUGAAAAUGAAAAUGAAAUCGGAUCUACAAGUCAACAAACCAAUCCGAAUUUCUUAGCAUAUCAUGAAGGUUUCCGACACCAAACCCAAAACUGGCCAGAAAAUCCUGUUAACAUAAUAGCUCAUCAAUUAAAGAAAGAGUAUGAAACUUUUUCACAAGGUUUAGUGAUCGUAGCCGAUUUAGGAUGUGGUGAAGCUCCAUUAGCUAAACUUUUAUGUGGUGAAAGAUCAAUUCAAAAAACAGAUGAAGAAGAAGAAGAGGAGGAGGAGGAGGAGGAGGAUCAAAAACGAAACAAACGAUUGAAAGUUGAUCAGAAAGUUAGGUUUAGAGUCAUGAGUUAUGAUCUUGUAACAGAUAGAGAUGGAUGGGUAAUCGCUGCUGAAUGUUCAACAAAGGUUCCUUUACCUGGUUGUCAAUCAGAUACAGUAGAUAAUGCGAUGGUAGAUGUAGUUGUUUGUUGUUUAAGUUUAAUGGGUACUAAUUGGGUAGGAAUGAUUCUAGAAGCUCGUAGGAUUUUAAAACAAGGUGGUCAAUUAAAAAUUGCAGAAGUCACCAGUAGGUUUGUAGAUAUCAACAAAUUCAUAGAUUUUAUAAAACUAAUAGGUUUCUCAACACCAACUCAAGAUCAAUCAAAUACACAUUUCAUUUUAUUCGAAUUUAAAAAAUCGAUUCGAAAAAAUCCAAUCCAAUUAAACAUGAAUCAUAUUUAUGAUCAACCAAAUGAACUUGAUCAUUUAAUUAAACGUGGUGAAAAGUUAUUAAAGCCUUGUAUUUAUAAACGUAGAUAAAGAUUUAACAUGAGUGUUUACACCAUAUGUUUUUUUUCAAAAUCAUCAUUUUAUUCGCAUUCUGAAGAAAUGUGAGCAUACCUAUUGAUCUUUGUGUAUACAUAGUCAUCGGAAUUUAACCUUUGCUUUCGUAUGUGAACGGAUAAUU